GGUAGAUAGAUUAAAUUGUGAUUAGAUUGUGUUACCUACAUGACGAGAGAGAGUGUAUGGUCCUACAUAGACAAGUGUAGACUGAUGGCUAGAUAGCCAGAUAGUACUGGUGUAUAGCCAAAGAUCAAUAGAUGUAUAAUCAAGGAUAGAAACUGGCUAUUGCGGAGGCAGAAUAGCAGACCAGUGGGAACAAGCCAUCAACACUUACACACACACACACACACACACACACACACACACACACACACACACAGAGAGAGAGAGAGAGAGAGAGAGAGAGAGAGAGAGAGAGAGAGGUCGGAUCCGCGGUGGAGACUUCAUUUUUGGUUGGUAUCGUUGCAUUUGACCUUGUAUAAUACGUAGCACAGAGCAUCCGCAUGAGGGCGUCAAGCACACUGAUUGGGAGAUUAGCCGCGGGAGCGAGUCGCUUGCGAACGCGGGGAAUUCCGAGGCAAGGUGGUGGAACGAUCGGAGAUGGUGAUGGCCCAGGUUUCACUCUCAACUUCGGAGAAAAAACAGUCACAGGUGAAAAUGUACCGCCGACUUCUUCACCGACCUUCACAAGCACGGGACCUGCAAAUGGAAGCAGAAUCGUUUCUUCGGACUCCGCUCCAGGUGGAGCGAAUGUGGAAGGCAGGGAUGCAAUCGGUAUUGGACCCGAUGUGGGAAUGGCGAGACCGGUUCCGAUUCCAGCCAAGAGCAGUUUGUCUAUGCCUGCCCCUCCCCUGACCUCGUGGUCACAUAAGGUGGAGCCAGAUUGCUCUGUCUCAUGGAGUGAAAUGGUCAGUUCAUUUGGCCUCCGAAGGAGUUCUCUUCCCAAUGGGGCAGAAAUUGCGCACGAUAGUGCUCAGUCAGCUUUCUUUCACAACUCAAACUCAAGCUCUGGAAACGCUUUCAACGUACUGCCAGCCUGGCGAGAUCUACCACUUCGACCAUUGGCAAGCGACUCUAAUGACAAGGAUGAUGAAUCGGGUCCAUCUCUAUCGAAAUCUCUUCCAGAUGGUGUCAUGCUUUCAAUGAUGAUUACUGGGGGGUUGGCGUCACGUGCGCUGCUGAGCAAUUCCGGUCCGGAAGAGAAUGGGCAUUUUGGAGCAACCUGUGAAGCGUGGGAUGGUGGCGAUGCCGCAGAUGCCACUGAUUCAGACAUGUCAGGCCGGCUCAGUUCCGUUGAAGAAGUUUCGGGGGCGCUCUCGCAGGACGGAAGUGCAAGGCCGAGCAGGCGGUCUAAGAAUAAGGGCAAGGGUAAAUUUCCUGCCUGGAGUGGAAUAUUUAAAACGAGCAAGAAGUCGUCGUCAACCUCUGCAGACACUGCAAAUGGGAUUCCCACUAACGUGGGAGGCACCUGGUUUCCAGACACAGAAGCUUCAAAGGCCAUAAUUAAGGAGCAGAGAGCAGCAGGCCAUUCGUCAAGUGGUGCUGCCUGGUCAUCACAAGCAGACAGAGGCUCAUCAGCUGGGAAGGGCGCUAGCGAGGCAGUGCUUCUGGCAUCCGCAGCAGUUGUUGCAGGCUCUCUGGCAUCUGGAACAGUUGCUCAGAUGAAGAGCAGGGAUGCAGACGUCAGUGAUCUGACAGAGUCUUCAGGAAAAUCAGGCCCAUUGAAAGAUCCAGCAAUUCAGGUUCCACCGACAUUUCGUGUCAAUCAGUCUUCAGCUCUUCACUCGGAAAAGAUGAAAGUUCCUGAGAUUGUUCGCCACAUGACAAGUGGCUGGCCAACUCCUGCAGUGGAAGAUGAUGUCAUAAUCGGAUCUCUGGAGCAACCAGAUGGGAGAGAAGUGCCAGUACCUGCAUUUUCCGCACAGCAAAACGUUCCAUCGCUGGCUGAGGAAAGAGUACGUAGAGAGGCAAGCAAGGGUAAAGCACUUUACCGAUCUAAUAUUGACAUUGUAACAGUCAACAAAUCUUGCAAGGAACAAGACGUCGCUGCUGAGAGACGAGCUGGAGUGCAAGAUGACGCCAACUCCUUGUUGGUGAAUCCCGUCUCGAGGACUGCUGGUGGGACUGUCGUGGCGGGAACUGAUGGGACGCAGGGGCAAGGACCAGGCAAUAAGCGGCCAGAUGAAAGGAGUGACACGAUUUCCGGAAGCAGUGUCGGCCCGCCGCCGACAGCAGAUUCGGCGAAGCCGGAAUCCUCUUGUGGUCAUCCGAAUGCACUUCCCGGGGCCAGCAAGGGGGGGGAAACUGGUGAUCAAGCCGAUGACAAAGUUUCGGCAGGCAAAGACGCGGCUGCAAACAGAGAGUCGGAUCACACCGCCGACGCGGCAUCGAACACUCUUUACGAAUUGACUCUCUCCGCCAACUGCAACAAGCUCGUCAACUCUUCAGAUAUCAGCGGAUUCAAGCUCGUUCCAAUUGCGUGCACAGCUAAUGCCGGAAUGAAACGAAAGGGAAGGAUGAAGAAGGAAAAGCGGAAAAUCCCGUUCCCCUCGACUAGCAGGAAGCUUCAGAAGACGAUGGGUGAUGUGCCAGCCCCUCCACCACAGGCUGUUGCUCCUAGACACCAAAGUGCAUCUCCACCUUCAGGAGAGUCGGCGGUAUCCAAGGGUUCACGGCGUUCAGAGGCUUCAGGAGAGUCAGUUGAAUGGACGCAUCACUCGGUCAGUUCGACGUCGGGGAGAACCCAGCCCACUGAGCGAUUUGGUCCUGGGACAGUUGCCGCUGCCACAGCAGUAGUAAUUGCCACAGGCAUGGAGGCUUCUGUCGCACUUUGUCUAGAUGACGAUCCGGUUAUCCAUCAGUUAUUGUCAGGUCUGGAAGAUACAAAGACCAUUACAGAAAUGCAAGUUCACCACAGCAAUGAGGAGGAGAGAUAUUUCCACAAGAGUGAGGACACGGGGGCUUCAGCGGUUUCUGCUGACUUGAUGGGCGGCAGUUUGAACGUUGAUGAAGAAUCUCGGUUGGAGAGAUAUCUCCACACGAGUGACGACGCGGGGGCUUCAGCGGUUUCUGCCGACUUGAGGGCCGGCAGUUUGAACGUUGACGGAGAAUCUCGGUUGCCAGAUGACAUGCUGAGUUUACUAGUAAAGCCGGCGGAAUCGCCGUAUGCGGAAGAGAAGUUGGAGAACUAUGCUGAGAACACGGAGGACGUGGAGGCUUGUGCAUUCUCUGCUGCUGAUCUGAUAGCGGGGAGUUCGUAUGUCGAUCAAGGGUCCUUGUUGCCAGAUGACGGCUUGUUGGGCUCACCAUUGCAGCGGGAAGAAUCGCGGCACACAGAAGGCACCCAUUUUGGAAACACACACACAGAAGGCACCCAUCUCGAAAACACGGCCCCAACUGAAGAUAUUCUGAAAAUGACCGCCGACAGUGGCGAGGAAUCUGACAGCGAGCAUUACGAAGAUGCAAUAGAUGUCCAAGAUGAGUGGAGUUCCACAGACGCGUUCAGCCAAACAGUAAUGCAGCGGCAUGAAGCUCCACAAGUUGGCCGUGCCAUCGCUACUCGCCCGUUCGCUAAACCUUUUGUGAAUGUGACCCUCCCGGACUCUGGUGACGCUUUGGCCUCAGAUGCUGGUUACCCUGCUAAGCAGCUUGGAAAAGUACCAGGACAUGCUCCUGGAGAAUCAAUGCUCCCGGAAGGCGACUGCGCAGCAGAAAGCACAACGACAGCGGUAUCUGAUUAUCCGAUGAUACCUCUGGACAAUAAGAGGGAGCUAGUAAAGGGCAAUGUUCUGCUUGAAGCUGGCUUGCUGACUUGCCACAGUGUGAGGAAAGCCGUUGCAGACCCAGACGUCCCGCUUGUGAAGUAUGACACUCAGCUGAGGAGUGGAGUCGAAGAUGAACGUCCAGGGUCUUCCCAGGUGGUUGUGGCCAACGACAACUCCACCGUCCGUGGAAUCCCCAAUACAGUUGAAAUUGUCAGUGUCCUCAGCAGUGAAGACCAAGGUGCUGGCCACGUCCAAGCCGUCAACUGCCCCGUUCCCAUGAUGGACCUCUUGAAGGCAGCAGUCUCUGUUGAUAAAGAGGCACAACCUGAGAAUGGCAUGGGGUGUACUGACGCCGAUGGGUCAGUUGUUGCUCUGGUGCCUGUUCAGACUGCUUGCUCGACAGCACUGGACCCUGCAGAGAUGGUGGCAACGCCAUUGUCCUUAUCACCUUCUUUUUUGGAGGUGAGUUUUCUGUCCGAGGCAGAUGCUGCUGAGGCGGAGGAGGAGGAGGAGGAGACACUUGCGAUCAAAGAUUGCAGGCUACAUCCAGCAGUUGCUGCGAGUGUCGGGCAUGACAGGAAACGAACAGGAGGCCCCAUUGCUGAACACGAAUAUGUUUCGGAGGGGAGGACAAGUGAGCAGGGCAUGGCAUUUGUGGAGGAGCCUGUCUCCAAUGAAGGACAAGAUGCUCCUUCUUGUGCUCCUGCUGUAAACCAGCUGCAGACAGCCAUAGGUAAUGGUGCUGAUGCCAGUCAGCAUCUACCUGGACAAGAAAAAAUGAAUCUUGAGGAGCAAGAGAGUGGAUCUGUGGUCGAUGGAAUGAACAGGAGGGAAAGGCCAGACUUUGCUGCAGAGUUGAAGAGUAGUGGAGGAGUUCCUGUGGCUGCAGAGCUAAUCAUUUCAGGUGCGCGUUCCUUCACAUUGUUCCAGACUGGAAGUGUCCCCGUUGAGCUUGAAGCACACGAGGGGCGAGACAUCGCAGAGGAGAUGGAUGGUGAGGCAGCUGGUUUGAGCACGGAAGUACUCGUCGCAGGUCUUCGUUCGUCCACGAUUUUGCAGACAGAAAGUGUCCCUGUCAACCCUGCAGAGGAGCCAAGCCAUCCAUCAAAUGUGUCAUCCGAUGCGCUUUCAGGUUCAGAUGUUCGUGAAAUUGUAGCGGAGGACAGUCCCAGGUUCACAUCAUCGUCAUAUAAUUGGUGUAAAUCCUCCACUGCAGUAGACGAUGAUGGAUAUCUGCCGAUCAGUAUCUUCUCGAAGUCUUCUCAAUGUGAUGGGACUGCGCCUCAGGAGGAGUCUAGAGAGACUUCCACCAUCAUCACAGACACUGAGACCAUCAUCACAGACACUGAGAAUGGCGUAGAAGUUGGCGUACUUGUUUCUGGGGUUGAAGGAAAGAGGCACACGGCAGUCGAGGUGAAUCAUGAAACAGCAUCACAACCAACUGACACGGUCUCAGAGAGUACUGUUCCUCUAGGGGUGUCAAGCCUGCAAAGCAAGGUUGGUGGUCCUGAUGCGGAUGCUUCGGACGACUCAGCCAGUCACCUGACGUCUGCGAAUGACAGCCAGCCGCAGCAGUGCAGUCAGGGGGGGGGGCUUCCUCCUGCAUUGCAUGUCGCUGCAGAUCUUCCAGGAAGCAAUGAGCUUGCAAAACCUGUGCUGAGUGGAUCUCUAGAGGAGGAGAUGAACGAAACGGAAGCCUGGACAAGCAGCGCAAUCGACGGAAACCUACAAAGACAGAAGGAGGUUCCCUCACGUAUCGGUUGGAUGGGGAAGAGGGUGAUGUCCCUUCCCAUGCUCGCCGUGCCAGCAUUUAGAAAUGAUAGGGAGGUGUGCACUGGUCUCGUCGUAUCAUCUCAGCAGCCUGGUUCAAGCGCAGAGGAAGGAGAGAGUUCAGUCUCCGUGCCAGAUCUUGCUGGAGGCGGCAGCGAGUCAACCGUGAAAGGUGACGACACUGUAGUCCCAGGAGAUCGUGAUGGAAUGCCGGAAGAAACUCUCAGAGAAACCCAGUUCCAUAUUGAUGGGCCCGCUAGUGCCGGUGAAAGCCUGCAGCUGGCUUGUCAAGAAAGUGAAGCACCACUAGCUGCCCUGUCUCUGCAUUGUCAGGGCAUUGAGCAAAGUGAUGGCAGGGCAACAAACCCUGGAAAUGGAUUACUGGCUGGCAGUGCAAUGUCACUUCCUGUCCCAUCAAAGGAGGAAGGUGUUGCCAGUGACAUUACCUCUGUUCUUUUUGGGUCUUCCAUUACGGAAACAACGCAGUGCAGUCAUCCAAGCAGAGAUGAGGUCAUUCCUUUUGUACAAUCACCAGAGCAGCAGGGGGAGGACAAGGAGGAAGGAUCGGUGGACGUCAUGACGCCAGUCGUCAAGGAAGUGGAUAAUAGAGCGCCUGCAGCGUCCACCUCUUCUGUUCAGACCGGGUCCGACGGCAUUUGCGAAGAAGAAGUGGAAAUGUCUCUGCCCGUGAUUCCGUGGUCAUCGACAUUGACAUCGCAGAAUGGUCCAGAUCGAUCGUCUGUGACAACCACCAUCCCUUCCUCCACAUGCCACAAUACCUUGCAGUCAAUGCCCGUUGGUCAGCUAGUCUUUCCAGCAGCUGCUGCAGAGAAGUCACAGGCAGAUCGCUUGAAAGGUGUUUCAGGACUGAAGGAUUCCUCUCAAGAUCGAGAACAAGCUGCCCUGCCUUCAGGCUCGACCCCGUCAGAGACCCUGAUGAUGCCAUCCAGCAGUGCAGUGUUAGUCAAGGAUGAUGUUAGUGCUCUCAUCGUGGAGGGGGUCGCGAAUGUGUCACACGUGGUUGAUGAUGUGGUUGAUGAUAGAACGUUAGGAGAGAACGAGACAGCCUGCUCACCAAACACGGCCGUGGAUUCCAAUUGCAGGCAGCAAGGAACGGUCACUCUGACACACAGGGAGUUUUGCAGUGGCCCUGUCAUAUCAUCUCAGCAGCCUGGUCCAGACACAGAAGCACGGGAGAGUUCAGUCACCUAUGGAGCAGCUGGAGAUUGCAGCAAGUCAGGUUCGAAAGACUUUGACACUGUACUAAAGGAAGCAGAGAAUAGAGAGCCCACAGGAACUUCCAAAGAAGAAGUGGAAACGUCUCUUGCUCAGAUAUCGCGGUCAUCGACGUUGACGUUUCAGGAUGUUCCAGUUCCAUCAUCUGCGACAACCUCCAAUUCUUCCUCCACGUGUCACAGGAGUUCGGGGUCGAUGUUUGCCGAUCAGGUGGUUUUCCCGGCAGCUGAUGCGGAGCAGUCGCAGGCAGAUUGCUUGAAAGGCAUCUCACGACCGAACAGUUCCUCCCAAGAUCGAGAACAAGGUGCCCCGCCCUCAGACUCGACUUCACCGGCGACCCUGAUGCUGGCAUCCAGCAGUGCAGUGUCACUCAAGGAUGAUGGUAGUGCUCGAAUGGCAGAGGGGGUCGCAGAUGUGUCACGUGCGGUAGAUGAUGGAGGGUUGGGAGAGAACGACACGCCCUGCUCACUGAACACAGCUGCGGAUUGCAGUAGUGGCAGGCAACAGGGGACGGUCGAUCGGACGAAAAGGGAGUCGUGCAGUGGCCUUGUGAUAUCAUCUCAGCAACCUGGUUCAAGCAAAGAGGAAGGAGAGCGUUCGGUUGCUCCAGGAGCAGCCAGUUGUGGCAGCAAGUGGAGCGCGAAAGUAGGUGGCCCAUCUCUGCAUGCUCGGGGCACUGAGCAAAUCGAUGACAGGGAAGCAAACCCCUCAGAUGGCUUGCUGGCUGGCAGUGCAACGUCACUUCCUGUCCCGUCGAAGGAGGAAGGUAUUGCCAGUGAUCUUACCACUGUUCUUUUUGGGUCUUCUUCGAUUACGGAAACAACUCAGUGCAUCCAUCCGAGCGAAAAUGGGGUCAUUCCUCGAGUAGCAUCGCGAGAGCAGCAGAGGGAGGACAAGGAGGAAGGAUCGCUGGACGUCAUGACGGUAGUCGUCAAGGAAGCGGGGAAUAGGGAGGCUGCGGUGGACACCUCUCCUCAGACCACGUCCGCAUGCAUUUCCAAAGAAGAAGUGGAAAUGUCUCUGCCUGUGAUUCCGCAGCAGCAGACGGAGGACAAGGAGGAAGGAACGCUGGACGUUGUGACGGUAGUCGUCAAGGAAGCGGAGAAUUGGGAGCCUGAGGUGGACACCUCUCCUCACACCACGUCCACAUCCAUUUCCAAAGAAGAAGUGGAAAUGUCUCUGCCUGUGAUUCCGCAGCCAUCGACGUUGGAAUCGCAGAAUGUUCCACGUCCAUCGUUUGCGACAGCCACCAUCCCUUCCUCCACAUGUCACAGUACUUUGUGGUCAACUCCUGUUGGUCAGCUAGUCUUUCCGGCAGCUGCUGCACAGCAGUCACAGGCAGAUUGCUUGAGAGGUGUUUCCGGACUGAAGGAUUCCUCUCAAGAUCAAGAACAAGCUUCCCUGCCUUUAGACUCAACUCCACCAGAGGCCCUGAUGCUGGCAUCCAGCACGGCGGUGUCAGCCGAGCUUGAUGUCAGUGCGCAAAUGGCGGAGGCGGUCCCAGUCAGAAAUAUGUCAGACGUGGUCGACAAUGGAGCAUUGGCAGAGAACAACACAGUCUGCUCAUCUAACACGGCGGCUGCACAUGGCAACUCCAGGCAACUGGGAAUGGUCGAUCUGACGGAGCCGACGGCUGGGUUUUACGAAGUGGAGAAAUGCAGCAAAACUGUGGAUGACGUGAAGGAAAGAGGGCGGGUCAAAAUUGGAGGACUGUCAGCGGUUCUGCAGACAUCAGAAGGUACAGAGAGCACUGGGUUAGCUGACGGCCAACUUUCAGUUACUUUGACAGAGAACGACACAGCCUGCUCAUCUAUCACAGCUGUGCUUUGCAAUUCCGGGCAACAGGGAAUGAUUGCUCUGACAGGGUCACCGGCCGGGUUUUGUGAAGCGGAAAAAUGCAGCAUAACUGUGUACGACGCAAAAGGCGGAGGGCGGGUCACUGGAGGACCAUCGGCGAUUCCGCAGGCGUCAGAAGGUACAAAGAGCACCGGGUCAGCUGACGACCAACUUCCAGUUAUGGAGGAUGGAGUGGACGAACCAGCUGCUGGAACACCCAUUCCAGUUCUAGUUGAUGCUUCUAGCAUGGGCUCUUGCGACAACGAGGAUCCGAACUCCUCUGAUGGCGUGUUUGUCGGAUCAUUUGGAUGGCCUUUGAGGGAUGGUCCCGUCGCCAAAGUCAAGGCUGUAAUUCAAUGCGUCAGGUGCCGCAUACAGGCUUGUGAAGAGACUAGCUGUAUGGCCGCUCCCACAUCAAAUGUGACUGGCUCCGAUGCGGGAGGAUCUGCAGAACAGUCUGCAGAGAAUAACUCACAGUCGGUACAUGUACUGUUGGAACCUCGAGCAGAGCAAUUACCACCGGUGUCGGGAGAAAAAAAUGCCGCAGUAGCAACUGAGGAUGAUAGGACAUCAGCCCCAGCUGUGCCGCCCGGGGUUGGGACGUCAGCAACUGAUAGCAUAGUGUCCGACGAUGACCAGUGCACUAUAUAUGUGGACGCCACAGAAGGAGAGAGAGCUGAGAUAUGCACCCCAUCUGGCUUUAAUGCAGGAAGAUCUGCAGAGGGGGACGAUGCGGAGAAUGAGAACUCGCUGCCAGUAAAUUUGUUGGAUCCUCAAGGAGAGCAAUCACCACUGAUGUCAAGAGGAGAAAAUUCUGCAGUAUCAGUUGUCGAUGGUACAUCGAUCCCAAAUGUGGUCGGGUCGUCAGUGCUGGGUGGGGUCGAGACAACUGAAACUGGUAGAGUGGUGGGCGAAGAUGACCAUAACGCUAUGUACGUUGAUGCAGAAGCCGAAGAAGAAGGGCCCGAGAUAUACACCGAGGCAGCAGAGCAGUUCUUCUCGUCGCCGUCACCAGGAGAUUUGUCGUCGAUCACACCAUUGGAUUCUUGUGCAAGCUCUCCCCCUUGGAUCUGUGAUUCCUUCAAGGAUGCCGCGCAGGUGCUGUCAACCCCACACCGCAGCGGAACAGAAUCGAGAACCAACAAUUCCUCGACCAUUGGAUCGCCCGAAUGGUAUGAUGCAUAUACAGAUGCAUCUGCAACUGCAGCGUCAGCGAGCCCGGCCAACUGGGUAACACCCGAAGGGACGUCAAUUCAUCAGUCGUCGUUGUCGCUGUCGCUGUCUUUGCCAGGGCAAUCUAAUGUCGCGACGCCAGAGCGUGCGAGGUCUCGCCGGUCCAGAAGUCGAAGUGACGAUCACGAUGGAUCUGCUCACGGGCGCUUACUGGCCCAAGAGGUGCAAGCUGUGGAUUUGGCUGAGAAAGCAUCUGCACCUGCAGACUUAACCAAGCCUUGUUCCUCACCGCUUGGAAGGGAUGUGGACGCAGUAUCGGGAGGAUUUGGUGGCGGACGGGAUGUGUGCGACACUCUUCAACGUACGCAGAGGGUAACAGUGUCCAAGGAGAGAGAGCUGAGCGUUUCAACUGACGCUGACGCCAGGAUUCUGCAUGAGGAUGCCCACGCGCCAGGAACAGGUGUCGGCAGCCAUGCUCCUCUGGCAACCAGUAGUCUUAUGCCUCUCACCUUGGCUUUGAACUCAGCGGAAAAGAGUCCUUUUGUCCAGUCACGCAAUUGUAACGACAAUGAUCCGCGAAUUAAGUCGGUCCCAUGUCCGGUCGCUGUUGCUAUUUCAAGUCCAGAUUGGCAGGCGGUUCCUGGUACACCAUUAGUGUUGGAUUCAGCAGAGAUGUUCUCUCUUGACUUGAUGAUGAGCGGUGACGAGAAGGAAGACAAGGUGUUAGACUCUGUUGCACAUCCAAUUCCAAGACUGAUAGUGGCUGCAUCUGUUCAUGUUGCUGCCGUUAAGAAGGAGAAUGGGCGGGUGCUGGCUGCAGCAGCUCCUGUUUUGAUCAAAGCAGCCUCAGCAGCUGAAGCAGACCAACACAAGCGCCCGGCGAGGGGUGUGGGAGGGGCACAUGAAGGCGAAUAUGAGGGGGGGGGCAUCGAUAUUCUCGGGCUCGGAACAGAGCGCUUAGACGGAGGAUUGGCAAGCGAAGCUGUUGCUUAUGCCGCGGAGAGGCGAGGAGCUGCAGCAAAAAACAGCAGGGAUGAAAGAAAGGGAGUACCUAUGAAAGCACACAAAUCGGAGGACAAGGUUGAACGGUCGCCGCCGAGUAAGACGGAAUCGAAGAAGGACGACGCUGCAAAGAAUCGGCCCAUAUCCAGAGAGAGCACGCCGCCUGACAACGGUGUGGAAUCAGAUUGCAGUAUUUCUGGGGAUACUCCCAAGUCCUGGGUGAUAUGGAGGCAAAAGUCCGGCGAGAAGCGCCCCUUCCUCCAGCUCCGCUCUGCAAUACAAUCAUUAAAGCCCAGUGCUAACUCUCAAUCCGACUCGCCCGUCCACUCCGUCUCCAAGAGUGGUUUCGCAAGCAGCAGGGCGAUUCCCGUCCUUCAUCCCGACAGUUUUAAAGCGGCUCCUAAGAACCGAGUUAGUCAUCACCUCAGCUUCAGGGAACGGUUGAUGUGCUGUGUUGCCCCUAAGGUCAGUGCUUGAACAUCUGAUCUCAGGGCAUGCUCACACCGAUUCACACGCAAGGACUUCUCUACUGUAUGUAUCGGACCUGCAAUUGGAGCUGACCUUGGACGCAUUUGACGGCAGUUACGCCCAGAGGUCAGUCGAAAAAAGUCCUGCUGUGAGUAGGCGCUCAAACCUGCUGCUCAUCUGUGGGGGCAAUUACCUGCGAAGUACCGUUCUUCCGACUGACACCUACCCUCAAGUCCUCACAACCCCUUCCCCCCAAUUGACAAGUACUCGUCGUAUGUAGGUGUGCAUUACCGCUGCUCAGAAUCAAUUUGCAUUUCGGCA